AUGUCCAAAGUCUUCAUCGUCAGCGGCGCCAGCAAGGGCAUCGGCGCCGCCGUCACGCGCCACCUCCUUGCGCAAAAGCACAAGGUGGUCCUGACGGCGCGCUCGCGGGACCUGCUCGAGAGCGUCAAGGCGGCGCACCCGGGCCAGGUGGAAUACGUGGCGGGCGACAUGGCGGAUCCUACGAUUGCUACCAAGCUGGCCGAGGUGGCCGUUGACAAAUUUGGCCGCAUCGACGGCCUGGUGAUUAACCAUAGCGUGCUAGAGAACAAGACGAUGGCGGAGAUGAGCGUGGAUAGUCUCAGAAACAUGUACGAGGUCAAUGUCGUCAGCUGCUUCGCCAUGGCCAAGGCGGGACUGCCUGAACUACGCAAGAGCAAGGGAUGCGUCGUCUGGGUGUCCUCGGGCGCCGGCGUCAAGACGUAUCAGGCCUGGGGCGGCUACGGAUCGUCCAAGGCAGCCAUCAACUCCCUGUCUGGCCAUCUCGCCAUCGAGGAAAAGGACAUUACGAGCAUUGCCAUACAACCCGGCCGUGUCGACACCGACAUGCAGCAGCUCAUCAGGGACACGGGCUCCGGCACCAUGGACAAGGCCGUCUACGACAAUUUCGUGCAGGCCAAGGAGACUGGAAUACUGCUGAAGCCAGAGCAGCCUGGCAACGUCAUUGCGCGCUUUGUGGCCUCGCCGUCCAAGGAGCUCAGCGGCAAGUUUACAGCUUGGAACUCACCUGAGUUGGCUGCCUACCAAGAGUAG